AUGGUGGGUAAGAAAUCUGGGGCAAGUGGGGAGAUGCUGAAGAAAGAGGGGCUGGCGAGAUUUCACAAUAACAUGGCCCUUACGAGCUGGCCACAGGUUCCUGCUAUCAACCAGAAGAACUAUUAUACUGAGUACCUGAAACGGGAUGACCAAAUCCUUGCCUACCGACUUCAGAAUGAAGAAGCCCGCAAUCGCAUGACUAAAAGUGCCAAAGAUCGAGAUAGAGCUCUGGCAAUGUCUAAAACAGAGCUCCCACUUCCAGACACCGAGCAAGAUGCUGAUGGAGACACCGGGUUGGACGACGCGAAUGGGGAAUCCGCCCAGGAGGUGGUUGGCUCCAAAAUCAUCGUUAUGCACGUUGGAAGCCAGAAUCUACGGAUCGGGCUCGCAAGUGACGCGUUGCCCAAAACUACACCCAUGGUCAUUGCACGCAAGUCUCACGAGAACGAGGCGGAAGAAGACGGUGGUGAGCCCAGACCGAAACGCUUAAAGCUUGAUGAUGGACGGCUUAUGGAGCCGGAAAAGAUGUUUGGACCUGAGUUUUCAUCCCAAUACACUACAAUGUGUGCAGAACUCAGAGCACAUAUGCGUGCAAAUAAAAGACGAACACUUCCCAACUCGAAAGAAAUGGUGAUCAAUUACAAUCGUAGAACAGUGCCAGAAACCAUCUCUGAGCAUAAUGAUCCAAUGCGUAUUGAAUGGACGGAAGUUCCGUCUGACCCAAAGCAAGCCCCUGAGUACCUCACCGGAGAAGCUGCAUUGAGAAUACCAGACUAUUCUAACCCUCGAUAUAAGCUAUUUUGGCCUAUCAGGCACGGAAGGCUCAAUGAAAAAGACUACGACAACAAGACCCUGCUCUUUCUAGAUAUCGCACUCAUCCUCGAAGAGGCCAUGAAGUCCCAGCUUAACUUGAUCCGCAAAAAGGACUGGGGCCAGUACUCCUGCGUUUUCAUUAUCCCAGACCUUUACGAACGGGCAUACGUUACGCAGAUUUUGGAGAUGCUGAUGCGAGAAUUUGGAUUUGCCCGCGUCUGCUUUGUGCAGGAGAGUCUUGCGGGGACUUUUGGAGCUGGAUAUACGUCAGCUUGUGUCGUGGAUAUAGGUGCCCAAAAGACUUCAAUUUGCUGUGUUGAGGAAGGCAUGUGCAUUGAGAGCUCGCGUGUGAAUCUCAAAUAUGGCGGGGCAGAUGUGACUGAGACAUUUAUCAAAAUGAUGCUCUUUGACCACUUUCCGUACGAGGAUAUCAAUCUGAACCGUCGCUACGACUUCCUACUGGCUGAAGAAUUGAAAAGGAUUUUCUGCAUGAUGAAUGAAUCCAACGUCUCCGUGCAGGUGUCCGAGUUCCAUCUUCGGGCAUCUGGCCAAGAUACACGCAAGUACACCUUCAAGGCCUACGAUGAGGUCAUCCUUGCACCAAUGGGCCUAUUUCAGCCUGAGAUAUUCGACGUCUCCCAAAAACUCAAAGGACGUCGAAAGCUAAUCAGCCGAUCAUACGAUUUAUAUGAUGGCCAACCCAACGACCCCACCUCAGCCGCCCAGUCAGAAAUCCUCAUGGCGAUUGCGCCCUCUUCACCACCAAACAGUAACUCUCAACCAAACCUCGCCGACGUACAAUCAACACCCAGCCGUUCCCAAAUCCUCAACGCCAUAAGCCGUCUACAAGACCAAGACCCAACCCCACGUUCCUCCGUCGCCGGCUCCCCAGCCCCCGACGCGAUCGGUACGCCGCAACAAGGCGGCCCGGGAACUCCAGCUCCAGCCUUCCAAGCCCCAGCGCCCUCCACAACCCCACGCCGCCCUACCGUCGAAGAACGCGACGACAUCCUCCCCAUCUUCCCGCUAGACAAUGCAAUCUUCACGGCCAUCGGUGGCGUGGCACGCGUCGAGGAGAGGAAGUUCACCGACUUCCUCGGCGGGGUGUUGGUGAUUGGUGGGGGGAGUUUGAUUUCGGGGUUCCAUUCGUUCUUGGAAGAGAGGAUGCAUAUUCGGCGGCCUGAGUUGGCCAGUGCGGUUAUGGUUGGGACGCCGCCGAGGGAGUUGGAUCCGCAGGUUGUGGUGUGGAAGGGGGCGAGUGUUUUUGCGAAGUUGGAUGCGACGAAUGAUAGUUGGAUUGGCAGGUUAGAGUAUGAUCGGUUGGGGAGCCGGAUUAUGACUUAUAAGUGUAAUCCAUUUUCAUUGUUCCUGAACUUUCCAUAUUACGCCAGCCUUCCGUGGCUGCUCCCCGUAGUAGCCAUGUCAAAAACAAAAGAUGGCCACUCCGGUGAGAGCUACCACCAGGAAUACAUCGCCUCUUUACGAUAUCGCAAUGACUUACCGCCCCCCGAAAUGCCUCCCAAAUUCCUCGAGAUUCCCCACGAAGGGCUAGAGCGCUUUCUUACUCCGGGGUUUGCAUCAACUAUGGCGCGGCGUGAGGAGCCCAACAUUGACGUAGAUGCGGAAGGUGGCAUGCCUAUUGAUUUAGUGGGCAUUCCGGGCCUGCAUUUAGGAGAUGAGAGUGCUAUUAUGGCACCUGAAAAUCCCCCCCCAAUCGAUCCCGCUGAUCUUCCCCUUCUUAUGACCCUCGACCAGCUCCGGAAUCCAGCUCCAAAGAAUGCAAACGUCAGUUUCCUGCGGCGCACGCAGUAUAUUGCUGCCGGCGCCGCGGGUCGUGGAGCGGACGGAAACCUCAAGGCAGUGCCCUUUAUCACUCCCACCUCCGUGAAAUCAGCACCCCGUGCGAUGAAACCCACUAAGCUCUCUCGUGAUGAUCCAAUGCACGUUAAAAAAUAUAUUCAAAAGGGAUUUGACAUCGCAUAUCCAGAAAGCAAACAUGAAGGUGAAGAUACAGCAAGCAGAAUCAAAGGCCUACUUGCUACAAAAGUAGAACUUGACGCCUGGGCAAACCCCACUCAUCCUGAUAAUCCGAAACUCAAACCAGUCGGAUUCUACCCCGUCAUUCCAGACCUGGGCGGUUUCCCUGACCCAGGCGGCUACGUGCAAUUCAAAUUCGACAAGGCGCCUGUCCAAGCAGCUCAGGGGCGACGUGAUGAGCGUAUGGAUGUCGGGAUCCUCGUCCCCUCUAUGCCCGAAGAGCGCGUCAGCAAAGAGCACGCAAGCAAAACUGCGCUUCACAAAGCAAACCCAUCUCUAUACCCGGACCCAGGCCCUAUCCCCUGGGAUUACGACCUCUUCCUCCCAGAGAAACAAGAAACAGCCCCACAAAUAAAAGCCAGUCUGAACGUUCUAAACCCGAACCGGAACGACGAAGAAAACUACACACAUGAAUCCACCGGCACUGACGAAAUUCUCAGACACCACCGCUACGACCGUAUCCGCACCUACGCCACCAGCUCACAAAACCUCCACCCGGAGCAGAAAUACAAAGACGUCGCACUCGUCCUGUUUGACCCAAGGGAGACAUCGAACCAAACAUCUGCCCUACCCUAUCGCCUCAAACAAAAGGCCGCCUAUUAUUAUCCUAUCCUUGGUAAGACGCGGCUGAAGCCCGAGCGCGCACGCACCAUCGCACAAGCAGGGUUGGCUCCGACACGCCCCAAAGCCAAGGAGGAGCAGGUGCAUCAGAUUCAAAUUGUUGUACGGGAUCCAGAUGAGGCGGAGGGGUAUAAGCGGGCCUCGCAUCGGGCGCAGGUUGAUUCGAAGUUUGCGAAGACCCUGCCACCGCCACCAGAAGACAAGAGACAGACGGAGGUGAAAGUGGAUGGAGGGAAGCAGGAGGUGUUGGCGGAGAGGCCGGCAGGCGUGAGAAGGGAGGAUGAAGGUGAGGAUGAAAUUGAGGAUAGGUAUAGAGAGAAUGAUAGGGUUGAUGAGUCGGGUAAUAUUAAGGACAAAGAAGAGGGGAGGCAGAGUAGUAGCGAGGAUGAUGAGAUGGUUGAUUCGUGA